AUGGAGAUUUUUAAUUUGUGCGCGCAACUAGCGGCACCAGCCACGUCUCCUUUUAUUCGCCAUGAACAGUUCAUCCCCUUCUCACGCGCGUGCACCUCCUCCUCCAUUCGCCCCGCUCCCCUCCCUCUCCACCGCGCCGCCGGCUCCUUCCCUUCUGCCCUGCUCUCCACCGCGCCGCCUCCUCCUCCCCUUCACCGUUCCCUCCAGCGGCAGGCACAGGGAGACGACGGCGGCGCUCGAUUUGAUCUGCCCCGCUCCCCUCCCUCUCCACUGCGCCUCGGCCUCGGCCGCCCCGUGCUCUGCCGGCGCCCGUCGGCCUCGAUCCGGCCUCGGCAGGAGAGCUCGCCCUCGAGACAGGAGGAGGGGAGCAGCAGGAUACAUGAGCAUGGCCUUAUUCUCGCGCUGCAGCCGCUGGCCUUGUCCUGCUCGAGGAGGAGGAGCAGCAGGAGGGGCGCACCCAGCCACCAAGGUAGCCGCCAUCGAGGGCUUCUUACACCUGAACCUCGACCUCCACGGCGCUGGCGUCCAGCCACUCGAGUUCAAGGGAAGGAGAGGAGGAUGACACCCAGACAUGGAGAGGAACAGCAGCAACUCAAGGAGCAGGCUGACACCCAUAGUUGUUUGUCAUCAAAUUCAGAAGAUACACAUCCUAAGAUUGAAGCAAUGCUACCUGAACCAAAGGGUUGUACGCCUACCAUUAUUAAUAUUCCAUACUAUUCGUGUUCUUCAGAUCCCAAUAAUUUAUUCGGUCUUGCUUUUGACAUAAAACACAAGUACAGGCAAAGAGAAGACGAGGCCGAACCCCAACACCGGAAGGUAUCUUGGCACCAAACCAUCAUGAGGAGAAGGGGAUGUGUUGAUGUACAUGAGAUAAGCAGCCCUGUUCAGAAGUGCUUUAUAGAGGUCUUGUAAGCUUUCUAAACAUACAUGUUGUUUCCGGUCUCUCUCGGCUUCCCCAAUACUAGAGGCAAUAAUAUGAUUUCUUUAUGUUGUUUGCCCAAAUUAAGAAGUGAACGUUUGCUGCAUAUUUGCUCGAUGUGUGUCCUGUAAACUCUAACCUUUCUAGGCGUACAUGUGCACGUGUAUUUGUUAGUUACUAAUAUGAAUUCUGGAUGUUGUUUGCCGAAAUUCAGAAUUGAACUUUUGCUGUAUAUUUGCUCACUGCGUGUCCUAUAAACUAUAAGCUUUCUGGGCGUGCAUGUACACGUGUAUUUGUUAGGUAAUAAUAUGAUUUCUUUAUGUUGUUUGCCAAAAUUCAGAACUAAACUUUUGUUGUAUAUUUGCUCGUUGUAUGUGCUGUAAACUGUAAGAUUGUAGGCGUACAUGUAUACAUGUAUUUGUUAAACUAACAACCUUAUGACUGCAAAUACCAUUUAAACAAACAACAGCCCCUUGUUCUAUGGAACACCUAUUUUCAUUGCCAAGCAAGCCCCUUUUUUUUUGCGGUUGCAGCCACCUGAUCACUAACCUGAAUGAGUAGACAUUAUUUAUGGACUUGCCUCCUUUCACGUCUCCACAGAUGCAUUUUUUUUCAAGCAGCCCUAAGGUAGCUUUUAAGAUUGUUCUUAAAAACCAGUACUAUUUUAGAUUAAAGGCCUCAGGGAUAGGCAAAAACUUUAAGAAAUCUCACCUAGACUUACUACAUCUUCUGCAUAUGAGUGUUUCUUCUGAUUUCAAGGAUUGGGAGGGGAAUGCAUUUUCCAGUGCCUCAAUUUUUGGUUACUUGUGGAGAGUAGAAGAAGAAUUUUGAGGAAGAGUGUGAUUAAGAAGCCCAAGGAUGGAUUUUCCGGCAGCGUGGAGAGCCCUAUAUAUUGAUGACCAGCUGCCUCAGAUUACUUGUGAGCAAUUCAUAUAUCAUGAGCUACCAUUUUGUUUUCUUCUAGACCAAGAUUGAUUAAUGUUAUUCAUCAUCAGUGUUUCAGUUUCAUUAGUCCUCACAUGAACAUGUUGAUUUCUAAUUUCUCUGCACAUAAAUAUGUAAGACAUAUUUGUACCUUUUCCCUGUAGGUAAGCAGAACAGGGCAGGGCUCACAUUCACUUUCUAACGUAAUGAGUGUGCUAUUACCUGUUGAUACUUGACAUUAGUGAUCAGCUUGACGCAAGCUUUUGUGUCGAUUACUUUCUGCCUUUUUUUGAUAACCAUUAUUAUUUUUUAAUUUUUUCUAUUGUGUUUUUUUGCUUCCUUUUUCUGUCAAACUCUCAUGUGGUACUGUUUGUCAAGCAUUGAUAUUGUUUUCACGUACAACUCAUUAUUUUUUGCUCAUUUAAUUAGAUGUUCAAAAAUAUGAUAAAUGUGGGGCCUUGGUGCUGGAUGAGACAGUGACUUGUACUACAGGAAGGAAAAGCAGGAAAAAAGAUUUGGAAUGUAUAGCAAAAUGAAGGACAACAAUAUCGAAACCUGGUCUACAGGAGCCAAACACACCUACGAUGAAGAGUUGUUUAGACGAUGAAAUCAUGGUCAAUAUUGAUGGAACAUGCAGUGAUGGCUCUACCUAAUAUCACCGCCUUCAUGUCUUUCCUACUGGCAGCAGAUACAAGACUCAGCCAGGGGUUAAGAGACCAGCUCUAUCUAUAUGAUGCAUCUCUGCUAAAAUAGUUUGCUUUAUAAAGGCAAUGUAAGCUAUCAUCAAGUGAUCUCAUAACUUUCUUUUGAGCUAUCAUGCUACCAUGUAAGGAAAUAUACUCCGUAUAACAUUGUGUACCUAAGUAUCUAUUAAAUUGGCUCUAAAUCACUCUCA